GCGGGAGAUUCCUGCUUGACAGUGCACCAGCACUCGCCCGCUUGAGUCCCGUACUGAAUCUGAGAAAAGAGAAGAGAUGGAGGUCAGCGAGGUCAGUACAAAACAAUUCAUUUUUAAAGCGAAUACAUAAAAUCCCCAAACUGAAAACACUCAACUACUGUGAAGAGGGAUCACCAUGGCAUCUGUGAAGAUAUCCGUGGUCUCCAUAGAAUGAAUGCUAUCGACUUUGUUCAACAGGUCAAGGUUACUGGUCCAGUUAAAUGUCUCCAUGAAUAAACUGGAAAUAUCCAGCAAACAUUUCUAUAUUAAUUAACCGUUGGCUGGUGGACUUUUGCCAACAUCUAUUCAUUGCUGAAAAAUAGUUCCAAAUUGAAAUUUGAACCGAUGCUGCAGAUGACACCAUGACGAGGUAUCUCAUGAACAUUCCCUGGACAUCCUUGGUGCAGUUUCUAGCAAGUCGUGUCCCUGGUUUUACGAUGUUGACCCUGGAGACAGAGGAGAAAGUCUGAUUAGACUUCUAUUCCGCAUGAAAACAUCAACAUCUGUUCAUCUAUGGCUCAGUUUUUGCAGUCAUACCAUUGCUAGUUUUGACCAGGGAGAUAACGGCAGAGUUUCAUUUUUGCUGGGGCCGUAGCAUGGGGUGAUAAGGACUCUCCUUUGCUAUUCUCAAUGCAGAUGACUAGUGAUGGCCACAGCAUCACCUCAUCAUUUGUUGGAUGACAUAAUAAACUCUAAAGAACAACAGCAGGACCAACAGGAGGAGCAGGAAUUCUUGAGCUCGCUGGAGACUGUUGCUCUCACCAUUUUUCUCUCGAUCAUCAUUGUCAUGACAGUUUUCGGCAACCUGUUGGUCAUGGUGGCGCUCUGCAAGGACAGACACUUACGAAAGAAAAAGACAAACUACUUCAUUGUCUCGCUGGCAUUUGCUGACUUGCUGGUUGCUCUGGUUGUGAUGCCGUUCGCUGCCAUCGAACUGACUACUGGCCAGUGGCGCUAUGGAGAGAUUUUCUGCCUUGUGCGAACAUCUCUGGACGUCCUGUUGACUACAGCAUCUAUCCUGCACCUCUGCUGCAUUGCACUGGAUAGGUAUUAUGCCAUCUGCUGCCAGCCGCUGGUGUACAGACACAAGAUGACCCCAGUGAGAGUGGCAGUCAUGCUCAGUGGCUGCUGGCUCAUCCCCACAUUUAUCUCCUUUCUACCCAUCAUGCAAAGCUGGAACGCCAUCGGGAUCGAGGAUAUUAUUGAAGAGCGGCGAGCCUUGGUGGGAGGCUCUAACGACACAAGUUGCGUGUUUCUGGUUAACCGACCCUACGCCCUAAUCUGCUCUGCGGUGGCCUUCUAUGUGCCGCUGGGCCUCAUGGUCCUGGCCUACCAGCGUAUCUAUGUCACCGCCAUGACCCACGUGCGGCAGAUAGAGACACUUCAGCGUGCCGGCUCUGCUCCCGUCACCGGCACAGUUCCAGUCAUUCCUGUGAGGACAUCCACUUCCUCAGAUCCUCUGGAGCAUUAUCGCUUUAGGACAGCAACAGGUUCCUCCUCCUCGGAGCAGGUUCCCGUAGGUCAUAGCCGCAUGCGCAUUGAGACCAAGGCCGCAAAGACGCUGGCGGUUAUAAUGGGUUGUUUCUGCCUGUGCUGGGCUCCAUUCUUUAUCACCAACAUAGUGGACCCUUUCAUCCACUACUCAGUACCCUGGCAGCUGUGGACAGCCUGGCUGUGGCUUGGGUACAUUAACUCAGGGCUGAACCCUUUCCUGUAUGCCUUCCUGAAUCGAGCUUUUCGGAGGGCGUUUCUGGUCAUUCUCUGCUGCGGGGAUGAGCGGUACGCACGGCAGGGAAGCUGCUCCUAUGGACCAACCCACAGAGCGUGCUCAGCCGCAUCAGUCAAUGGGACAUCCAUGGCACUGAGAUUGUCCUUCCUGCCAAACCGGAGCUACAGCGACAACGGACGAACAAUUCUGGCCAAUGAGCAGGAGUCCCAGGACUCUCUUGGACCUCUAUGAGGAUGACUAUUUCAAAAGCAGAAAUGUGACCUUGUUAUCUGAUGUGAAAGGGGGAAACCUCUGAGGUGGACAUCCUGGCCUCUGUGGCAGUGAUUCAGUUCAAUCCAAUUUUAUUUAUAUAAAAUCCCAACAAGGGCCAAAUCCCAACAAACAGUCGCCUCAAAGCGCUUAGUGAUGCUGUCCCAUCUGGAUAUUCAGGCUAUGAUAAUGCAUCAUCAUUGUCUGAUUAAUCAUGCACCUUCUGAUGGUACCCAAGGAACUCUAAAGGUGUUCAUUAGCCAAGUGCAGAAGAUCACAUAUGACUCAUUUUAUAUGAAAAAAAGAAGCAUCAGAACUGACCUGUUGGUUAUUGAAUAGCUGGAUCAAUGGACUGUGUAAAUGCCGCUGAUACAUUUCCAGGCAUGCAUGCUCUUAUUCUAAAAUCCAAAGAACUAGUCUUACUAGUCCAAUGUCUGGCUC